AUGGCGGUCGGUCGUAUCUUUCUCCUGCUCCCCUCCUUUGUCCCCCUCUCUCUUCUCAGUCGCGCCUCGCCUUAUCUCUCGACUCCUGACUUGCGCUUCCGUUACCAUUGUUGCUCACCCUCGAGGCUGAGCUUUUCGGCCGACAUCCGCGAUCAUCAAGAAAAGUGUCCCAAGCUCGAGGAUGAUACCAGGCACCCAGACUCCGUCCAGAACGCCUUUUGUACUCUCGAUAUAUCCAUCGAAAGCGUCAAAAAGACAGACACUGUUCUCUCCACUCCCUCUGUAGCUCGUCAAAAGACGGUACCAAAUGAGCGUGAUGAAAUUCUCUUUUCUGAUUCCCCGCUUGCGGCAGACACCUCGCAAAAUGACAUCGCAAGCACGAGACAGACAGAGCAGCCCCCGAUGCAUUGUCACCCCCUUCCCCCAACCCCUUUCAAUCCUUUCUUGCCUCCCUACCAGGCGCCCGCCGACCUCCCCGCGACGACAGCCCGCCCGCGAGCGGAUGGAUCUCCCGAGCCCAGCGGCGACCUCCGGAUCCCUCUGUGGCAGAACGAAACCCGCGCCUUCAAAGGCGAAUUCAUUUACCCGAGAAAAAGUCAGGGGCUAGCCACUCGGCUAGCCAGCGAAGCGCAAGGAGCCGAGUUGAUGGUAGACGGUAAGCCACAGUUCAACCUGUUCGUCGACGGGUCCUACAAACCACACCACGAAAACAGGGGAGCGCCGGAACACCGGCGAUUUGGUCAUGGCGGGUACGGCGUCGUCUUUCGGAACCCGUAUCAUGGAAAGGGGCCCGCGGAGUUUGAUCAUGGUAACCACGCCAAUGACUACUUCACCGAAGGGACCCAAGUGGAAGAUAAUUUGAGUACAAAAGACUUCAACAUCCGUUCCUGGCACUCCCAUCGCGUCCUGUCCAGUCUCCACGCCGAGCUGGCCGCUAUCUCGCAAGGCAUGGAAACCGUCAUCAGUUUACUCAAGAGACAUCACCCCCUUUCCGCCUCCGUCACCAUCUUCUCCGAUAGCAAGACUGCCAUGAAUCGGCUGUCUAGACGUCCCCAUCCAGACGGAGAAUUCGCCAUAACCACAACCGACGCACUCACAAUGCCGCUUGUGCGCGCCAUCGUCUGGCAAUCGCACUUCCUUUUCGAGCGCGGGUGCGAACUCAAGCUGCAGUGGCUACCGCGCUGCAGCGUGCUAGCCCAUACGCUGGCAGACGAAAUAGCGGGAUGGUGGCGGAAAGCGGACGCCGUGUUUUACCAGCGGGAUAGGCCGCCGUGGCGAAGAGACGGGAUCCUCGACGCGUUGCAUCAUGAGGCGCUCGUAAAGGUUAUUGAAAGAAUCGAGGCCGAAGCGCUGCUGCUGCGUCCCUCUUCCGUCUGUGGGUCUGUGUCACAGAAGACAAAGGCUCGGAAACAAGCUAGACGGGAGCGAAGGGAGCGGUUUAAGUCACGGUUUUCUCGGGAGAAUAAUAUGCUGCUGGAGAAUUUUUGUGGGUCGGCGGUGCAGAGGAGUUUCAGCGGUGAUUCGUUGCUUGAAUUGCCGCCGAUUUGGGAACGAAGCGGUGCGUUUAGUAUGGUAAAUGAGGAUAUGGCCAAGGUCAUGAAGGGCAGGCCGUCUGAGGAUGAGUAG